GAAUUCAUCCUCACCCUCCCAAGCGAAUCAGCUAUCAAAACGGAGAACGGCAAGAAAAACCAACAGUAGUAGAUGGCCGUGGGAUUAGCGACGAAAAAAAGUCACCAAAGAGAAGAUAGCACAAGUUCCAAUGGAGUGAAGAAUCGAUAUAGGAAAAGAAACACGUAUUUGUUUUGUUCUUCAGGGAACUGCAGAGAAUAGCUCAGUGCUGUUGAAUUUGACAUACAAAGGGAAAAAAGUUUUCUGAUCGGUAGUUCCAUUGGAGGGCGAAUUUUGUGUCGGGUUCGUCAAAGUAUUCGCUGGGGGUAAAGUAAAAGCUCACAGAAACAAAAUGCCGCCGGCCAACAAUAACAGUAACAACGACGAUUUACCUCCGCCGAAGGCAGAUUUCAGCGCUCCUCCGCCAUACGAAGCGACUGACAAUGGAGCUCAUAACCAAUAUGCUAAUUCACAUCAUCCGGAGAUGACCACAAAGUUACCAACCUAUGAGGAAGUUCAGAUGGAGAAGAUGAUCAAUCACGAGUUGCCCAUCCCGCCGGGAGUCAACGGGCAGCUUCCUCCGCCGCCACCGAGCAUCACGGGACUCCCACUGGGACCGGCAGGCCGACCAAUAGGCGGAACGAGCGGUGGUCCAGCGGUUACCUUUAUAGCGAUCGAUGCUGACGGAGAAAAUAUUAACGCUGAUAACAGCCUCUUGGGGACAGACAUUGUUUUCGUGACUGCCUUUUUGGUAGCAUUCCUGUUCAACUGGAUUGGAUUCCUGAUGCUGACCUGUUUCUGUCAUACAAUCGCUGCCCGCUACGGAGCUUUGUCCGGGUUUGGACUAUCUCUGGCCAAGUGGACACUUAUCGUAAAACAUUCAACUGAUUUUGCCUCACACGAGAACUCUUGGCUUUGGUGGCUUAUAAUGGCCUUUGGGUUUUUGAUUUGCGUUCGAGCCCUUGUUCAGUAUAUUAGCAUCAAGCGGACGUGGCGAUUGCUGUCCACCUCCGCCCAGGAGCGGUUACUUUUCUUCUACUGAGUUUCGUGUGUUGCCUAAAGCGAGCGGAAACCAACAGUCCCUAGAAUGACUAGAAUAUACACUAUCAAGUUAGAAGAUAGGGCUCCGAAGCUAUUAACUGAAUGUUCAAGCCCAUUUACAAGCUUACAAUCAAAUGCGAUGUUCAGUAGAAUGCCAGCAAGUCAUCAUCAGCGUUUCGCUGUUUCUAGUUUUCAUACUUAGAUUAGUAAGAAUCAUUUAAUCGCGAUUAAGCAUUCCCCCGUUCUUUUCUCGAACAUUUUGUUGCUUUAGUUUUCUUUUCUUUUUGUUUUGUUGUAUCACUAUACAAUCAAUGGCUUAACAGCACAAUGUUUGCUGAAUUGAGCACUGAGAUACUUUUUUUUUGUUAUUGAAGAAUCCCUGCAUUUGAAACGGCCCAAGCAAACUGGACAACAUGGAUUGUAGUAUAUUUGAGAACCAAGGCGAGCAAAAGGCAAGCUGGUCUUCGAGGGUCAAAAUAGAUGUACGGUCAAAUGGAUAUCCGACUUAACUAUACAGCAUACAUAUAGAGAAUAUUUUUGUACGUGUAAAUAGGCUUCAGUGUGAGUGAAACAAGGUCAAAUCCAACUACUACUUAUUGUAAACUUAAUGCACGCAAAUUUUAUGUGAAUAAAAUAAAUUGUAGAGAACAACAA